GCCACCGCUGGGCCGUGAAACUCGACACCUCGGCGGCGGCCGGAGCUACGCGGACGAGCCCCCGUUUAAAAGGGAAAGCGACGGGAGGAAGGCUCCUUACUCCGAGCGAACCCCCGGCAGGCAGGCAAGCAGGCAGGGCGGAGCAGCCUCAAUGAAUGAAACACUGGGGGAAUAUCCGCACGCACGUACGCACGCACGCCAGUUUGGAGUCUCUUGCGUCCACACGGAUUGUACAUCGGCCUUGACAGGCUCUAGUCAACAUGCUUGUUGUUUUCCUUCCCGGAACUCCAACCCAGUGUCAAGUGCCAAGUGCCAGCAUGUGUGAGUGACUUGAGUGACCGGCCGCCGGUGUGUCUUCUUCAUGCCAAGCAAGUCACGCUGUGAUUGACGGAUCCGGUUUUUGACUGCCAGGACAAAUGAAUACAAAUGAAUUUAGGCACCCAAAGGAGAGAUUGCAAAACCUCUCAUCCAGACACAAGGAGAGCCCUACUGCUCUGCACCAUUUUCUUCUGUACUUGUUACCUGGGACUUACACAAGUACACUCUGAAGAUGUGGACAUCCUCCAAAAGUUGGGGCUUAAGGGAGACAAGCCAUCACGCUCCGCACCAGCAGGGGUCAUUCCCUUUAGAUCUGGAAUCAUCCUCAACCAACUGGCACACGUCGAGGGUCCGCUGCGCUCCGUCUGGCCGACGGCCGUCUGGAACGACACGGUGCUGGUUCUGAGCGUGCGCUCGCACAGAGUGAACAGCGCCUUCCUCUUUAGCGUGCUCUCGGAGAAGAAGAAACUUCUCCUGGGGCUGCAGCUUGUACCGGGCAACCUAGUCCUCCACGCGGGACCCAACACCUCUGCGGUGCUGCCCUACGAACCCCACGAUGGCCACUGGCACCAGCUGGCGGUGGGAAUUAAAGGACAGAAAGUGACUCUAUAUGCCUCCUGCGGAGAGCAGAGUGUUCAUGUGGACUUUGGGUGGGACAAUGAGGAGGGAUUGUCCUCGGAGCGGCGGGGCUCCUUCCUGCUGGGCCGGUCGAGCCAACAACAAUCUUGGGCUCGCUUUGAAGGAGCCAUUUGCCAGUUUGACCUGAUCCCGUCUGCCCAGGCAGCUCACAACUACUGCGAGUACAUUAAGAAACAGUGCAGGGAAGCCGACACGUACAGGCCUAAACUUGCGCCCUUACUGCCAGUCUUGGCGCGACAAACCCACGUAUUGUCUACGGCUGCUCCAAAACACGGCAGGCUGACAAUAACUAGGAAGGCCACCGGACAGAGUCUGGCCCGGAGUGUGGCGGCCGCCGCUUCCGCUGUCAGAUAUGUAGCCUCAACCCAAAAAAUAAAGCUCCCCCUUGGGACCACUCCUACACCUUUGCCGGAAACCGCGACGCCGGUCGCCGCUCAGCUCGGCCCGGCUUCCCCUCCUCCGACCAAGACCGUGACUGAAACCGUCACCGUUCCGCUCAGGACGGCGGCAUCCCCGACCAAACCACCUGCUACCAGAUCGUUCACUUCUAAAACAUUACUUCCGAAAAUUCAGACGGCAUCCAGACUAAAUCCUCCAAAACCAACUUGGCAAAGCAAAAAGACCAUGGCGGUGACGGAACAGAAGAAGAAGAAAGCCACUCCCACGGCAAACCCUUCCAAGAAAAAAAUGGACUCUCCAUUUUCUGAUCAAGUUCCAGCACCAAGGAAACCGCAAGUGACCAUCGCUACGAAAACCCCCGCUAAGACCAAAGUCAUACCAUCCAAAGCCACUCUUUCAAAGUUCAAUCCCUCUAAACCUGCUGUAUCCAAAGUGAACCCCUUAAAACCGAGCAUCCGUAGCAGCGUCAAGCCUAACACGAAACAGGUCGUUAAGCCAACGAAGCGAGCCCAAACCACCGAGAUCCCGUCAGUCCUGCGACUUAGCACGCCUCGCUACAACGUUGUAACAUCACCUGCGACCGACAGCUUCCAGAGCUGGGAGGUGGCACCCACUCAAUUCUCCCUGCUAGCCGGACCCGGAGGACUAAAAGGAGAACCUGGCCCUGCGGGACUUCAAGGACUUCCGGGGAAGCCAGGCCUGCCGGGCAAGAGAGGCGCUCGGGGUCCACAGGGUCCCCAUGGAAACCCUGGCCGACCCGGUCCGGCCGGCCUCAAGGGUCACAAAGGAGACCCCGGCAUCUCACCUGGGCCAGCCCCUAAAGGCGAGAAGGGCGACCCGGGAAUCCUCGGCCCGGCCGGCAUGGGAGGUCAAGAAGGACGAAAGGGACAGAAAGGUCACCCGGGUCCACCUGGACUCCCUGGAGAAUCUGGGGAGCAAGGUCCAGUCGGGAGCCAGGGUGCCAAAGGUUAUCCUGGCAGGCAGGGUUUACCUGGCCCAAUAGGACCGAUGGGGCCCAAAGGCGUGCGGGGUUUCAUUGGAAUCCCCGGGCUUUUUGGUCUCCCUGGGCCUGAUGGAGAACGAGGUAUUCCAGGCGAACCAGGCAAGAGGGGCAAGAUGGGUAGGCCGGGCUUUCCGGGGGAUUUUGGAGAACGGGGACCACCUGGAGCAGACGGAGAACCGGGCCAGAUGGGCGCCCCCGGUCCAAAUGGAGUUCUCGGACUAAUUGGUGACAUGGGACCUGUUGGCGAGAUGGGCCUUCCUGGACCCAACGGACUGAAGGGGGUGCCUGGAAAUCCCGGCGAACCAGGACUGAAAGGUGAUAAGGGUGAUAUCGGGCUUCCUGGUGAGCAAGGCGAGAUCGGGUUCAAAGGAGAUAAGGGCAUCCAAGGUGCUUCAGGACCACCUGGCCUCCAAGGGAAACCAGGUCCACAGGGCAGUCCGGGGGACAAAGGCCCCGAUGGUGCACAAGGACCGUUAGGCCCCGAGGGGUUCCCCGGCGACAUGGGACCACCUGGAGAGAAUGGCCUUGAAGGACCAAAGGGAAAACUGGGCGCCAGAGGUUUACCGGGACCGCAGGGCUUGCCUGGCUUGGAGGGAGACGAGGGCCCGAUCGGACCUCCGGGACCGACGGGAUUUGAGGGUCAAAUGGGCAGGAAAGGAUUCCCUGGGAAGGUCGGGCCUGAAGGAGUGAAGGGAGAAACGGGAAUCACGGGAAAGGUCGGCGCCAUGGGAGAAAGGGGCUUAGUCGGUUUCAUUGGACCAGUUGGCGAGGUGGGAAUGGCAGGAGAGAAGGGGGACCGAGGGACGAUGGGUCUUCCCGGACCACCUGGGGAAAAAGGCUCAGACGGUCACCCAGGCACACCAGGGGAGACCGGGCCUCCAGGACCAAUAGGAAGACCAGGACCCCCUGGGGCGUCGGGGCCCGCAGGUACCAGAGGAACCAAAGGCUUGCGGGGCACCCUGGGACCCGACGGUCCAUCGGGAGAGACUGGGUCAGAGGGCAAGAAGGGUCCAGACGGUCCUCCGGGAAAAAUGGGCUUCCCCGGACCUCAGGGGAAAAUUGGGGAGUCUGGGGACAGCGGGCCGAAAGGUUUUCCCGGGAUCCAAGGGCCUUCCGGGGCACCAGGCGACAAGGGACUGGCGGGUGAGCAGGGGCCACCCGGGCCGCCCGGAACUCCGGGAUUGUUGGGAGAAAUUGGUCCAAAGGGUCCUCCAGGCAGUUUGGGAGAACCAGGACUGCCAGGAGAGCCAGGAAACAAGGGAGCCAUCGGAGCAGACGGGAACAUCGGAGAACAGGGACUCAUCGGUCCUCGGGGCGAGCCAGGUUUAGAAGGGGAGGCCGGUCCUGCCGGUCCUGAUGGAAUGAAGGGUGAAAAGGGCGACUUGGGGCCAGAGGGCGACGACGGUGAAAAGGGCCAAAGCGGAUUAAAGGGAAAGGAGGGCCCACCCGGAAGUCCCGGAAUCCCCGGCGUUCGAGGCCAGGAAGGGAAAUGCGGUAAAAUUGGAGAAAAAGGCAAACUGGGACCAAAGGGCGCCAAAGGCCAGCAAGGUCACCUGGGGGAAACCGGGACCGUGGGCAAGACGGGACAGCAGGGCAGCGUGGGGCCCAAGGGCUCCAGAGGCACCAUCGGACAUGUGGUAUUGCUUCAUCGGGACAUUUCUGACCAUUUCUGCUUAACUUUUUGUUCAUGGAUCUACGGGCUGUUGUGUUUCUCGAAGGGAGCUCCGGGGCGAAUGGGUCAACAGGGGGAAACGGGCCUUUCGGGAUAUGAGGGUCACCAAGGACCUUCCGGCCCAAUGGGACGUCCAGGACCAAAAGGCGAAAAGGGCGAGCAAGGCGAUGACAGCAAAAAGGAGGGUCCCGUGGGUCCCCAGGGUGAAAUUGGUCCUCCCGGCGACAGGGGAGAGAGGGGCGAACCGGGCGACCCAGGUUACAAAGGUCAAGUCGGCGUGGACGGUGAACGAGGCCAAGCGGGCGCUCCCGGACUUCCCGGCCAUCCCGGACCGCGAGGCUUUCGGGGACCCAAAGGCGCCAAAGGAGAUCAGGGUCAAAAAGGCAAAAGAGGUCAGGUGGGAGCAAAAGGCGCCCGAGGAACCGAAGGGACAGCCGGGCCUAUCGGGCCCAGAGGCGUGGUUGGCAGAGAAGGACAGGAGGGAGUGCCCGGAAUGGACGGAGCUCUUGGAAAGGACGGAAGCAAAGGCACGCCGGGAGAACAGGGAAACGACGGCGAGACGGGCAUCCCGGGUAAAGCUGGUUCUCGUGGCAAAACCGGUGUUACGGGACUCCCGGGAAAUCAGGGAGCCUUUGGACCUAAGGGGGAACGAGGUCUUCGCGGACAGAGCGGACCUCCAGGCAAAAGAGGCUUUCGGGGUGGAAUGGGACUUCCCGGGACGCCGGGAGAAGCCGGUCCCAAAGGACAACCUGGUGACGUCGGGGAAUCCGGUUUUCCUGGAGUUUUCGGAGUUUUUGGUCCAAAGGGUCCUCCUGGAGACUUGGGUCCCAAGGGCAUACGAGGACCAAAAGGGCCUCAAGGCGCGACGGGAAGGAGUGGUGUCGUGGGCCCAGCGGGAAUUAUCGGCCCUAGCGGAAACGCGGGCCCUAGAGGAGAGAAAGGCAACCGUGGUGCAAUGGGAGUCCAAGGACCUCGGGGAGCUCCCGGACCUCGCGGACGUCGCGGACCACCGGGUCCCAUUCGAGUCCCUCCAUCCUUUAAAGAGGACGGUCUUUUGUAUAUGGAUUCACACAGCCAUUUGAGGAAUGAGAAUAAGCUAGUGAUGGACCUGCCCAUGCUGGACCAGGGCGCAGAGAUCUUCAAGACCCUCCACUACCUCACUAACCUGAUCCAGAGCCUUAAGAACCCAUUGGGCACCAGGGACAAUCCUGCCCGCAUCUGCAGGGACCUGCACAGCUGUGAACACAAGUUAAAAGACGGCACUUACUGGAUCGACCCCAACCUCGGCUGCACAUCCGACACCGUUGAAGUCUCCUGCAACUUUACGGGUGGCGGACAGACUUGCCUGAAACCAAUAACUGUUUCCAAGCCGGCAGUCAACGUAGGCCGCGUGCAGAUGAACUUUCUCCACCUGCUGAGUGCCGAGGCAGUCCAGCACGUGACCAUCCACUGCCUGAACGUCUCCGUCUGGACCACCUUCCAACAUUCGCCGGUUUCCCGGGAAUCCUCGGUGGCAUUCAAGGCAUGGACCGGCGAGGUGUUUGAGGUCGGCGGAGAGCUGGAGCCCUACGUGGAAGAGGAUUCUUGCUGGAUGAAAGACGGGCGCUGGCACCAAGCCCGAUUUGUGCUCCGCUCCACGGACCCGUCCCUGCUCCCCGUCACCGACGUGCUGCGGCUCCCGGACACCGGCUACCACUUGGAGAUGGGUCCCGUCUGCUUCAAGUGAGCCGGCCGGCAUUCCCGCUUCUCACAAAGGGAGAGCAGGCAGAGUUCUUGCACUAAUAUCCUCUCAAUAGCUUCUUCCUGCUCCUCCGUUCAACAAAAAGUCAAAUGAUUAGGCACACACCAUUUCCCUGGAACAUUUCCAAGUGAAGGGACGACUGGUGGGCCAAUCCAUUGGAUUCUCCAGAUUCGAAACGUAACUUAUUUUUGCAUUCCAAAUCCAUUUUGAAAUCAUACUAGAAAAAAAAAAUAGAGAACAAUGUAUAUAUGUCUUGUUAUUCAUUGAUAUAUGUUUAUCCCAUCUUCAAGUGCAAUAGAAAAGGAGAAAAUAAUAUUGCAGGUUGAAUUUGAUUUGAUUUUGGUGCUCAUCUCCUUCCAAUAGGGGUUUAUUUUUAUGUUUUUUUUUUUUUUCUUGUUCAGGCUGAAAUUACGUGUAUUUAUUAUUAGUGUGGGCUCCGAAAGGGAGAUUGUAAAACUCAGUGGUGUAAGAAAAGACUUAUUAUAGAUGCCACUGAUGUGAAUAUCUGCAGCUUUAGACAGAAAAAAAAUAUCCCAAAAUAUAUGGAGCGUUUGUUGAUAUACAUACGUAUAUAUAUAUAUAAAUAUAAAUAUUUAAAAUAAAAUAAAAUAAAAAACAUAUUUGGGGGCGUGGGGUCAUUUUUUUUCCAUACAAAUCCUUGUGGGCUGGCAGCGCCCACGCAAUUUUAAUGACUUAAACGUCUAUUGCCGUCAAUGAGUUAAGAAACAAAUGAAAUUAAGGUGCUAAUCAUAUUGCUGUAAUUACACCACUCUGCUCGCGUGCGUAUUCUGUGGUUCAUAGUGCAGGCUCGCUUGGAUUCAUUUCAAAUUUUUUUUUUUUUUAAAGUAUCCUUACACAGUCAUUACAGGUUCAAAUAUUGUAUUUUUGUUUUUGUACAAAGUUCCCCUUUCAGCAGCUGUGUAUGUAAUAGUCACCAAAUAAACAUGUUUGUUUGUGUAUCGUGGAUCCCUCUUUUUGCUAAUUUAAUUUUAUUUAAUUUGUUGAGCAGCAAAUAUAUUUGUCAGAUUUUGCAGAAUAUCUAUACCAUUAUAUAUAUAUAUAUAUAUAUAUAUAUAAAUACAUAUAUAAAUAUAUAUAUGUAUGUUAGUUGGCCCAACUGGUCUUGGAGUAUAUAUAUAAAUAUAUAUAUUUUUUUCUUUUUCAUAUGUGUACAUUUUGGGUCGCCAGAGAACAAAUUUAUUGCAAUAUAAAAAUGAAAAUGUUUCUCUAUAAUAAUCCACCGAGUACUGUAUCAGGAAAAACAAAAUGCCAUUAUGUGAAUUGUGUUUGUGUUUCGCUUUUGUAAUUGUGUUGUAACCAUGAAAGCCAGUUGCCAAAACCUGACAUUUUUGUGCACGACCAUCAAGCAAAGGGUGAAUAUGGUUUUCCUUUUUGAAUGCAUAUUUUGGGAAUAUAUUAAUAUGGAGUGAAACUGUCUCACGCUGCAAACGUUAUUGGUCUCUGCUCUCGACUUGGUGUUGCAUUUGUUCAAUAAAUACUUUCAAUUCA